CCUGUCUGUGAGUGACGGGGUGCACGCGGCCUUCACCGGCCUGCACGUCUCGGGGCUGGCCUCCAACCACCACGCGCCGAGGUUUAAUCGCACUCUGUAUGAAGCUUACGUGGAGGAAAAUUCAUCUCCUGGCCAGCUAGUCAUCAACCUGGUGGCCACGGACCUUGAUGCCUGGGACCUGGGCAAGCUGCAGUACACCAUCCUGCACCAGACUUCAGAGGGAGCCUUCACCGUGGACAAAGAAGGCAACCUGUACACUGAGACACCUCUGGAUCGCGAGUCCCUGCCCAUACACAGCCUCAAGGUGUCUGUGAUGGACGAGGGGGGCCGGGCCAGCUUCACGGCGGUGCGUGUGACGGUCCGUGACAGGAAUGACAACCCACCAGUCUUCAUGUUGCCAGAGUAUCAGGCGAACAUCAACACUGACGUGGCUCCCAGGACAACCAUUCUCAAGGUCGAGGCCAGUGACGCAGAUGAAGGGGCAAACAGUGAAGUGAGGUACCGCAUGUAUGAAGCCAACAGUUCUGAGGCGCUGGAGCUCUUCUCGGUCAACCCCACCACCGGCGAGGUCACCGUGGCGCAGACCAUCCACAGCCAAGAUAAUUCAUCCACUUACUCACGGUCAUGGGUGAAGAGUCGGAAAAAUGAGGUGUACCAGUUUUUCAUCCGUGGCGAGGACAGCGGCUCCCCCCAGCACCACUCCGACGUGCCCGUCACCAUCUUCCUGCUGCCCCCUCAUGAGAACCCCCCGCACUGCACCAGGAAGUAUGCACAGUUCUUCAUCAGGGAGGACGCCCCCAUCGGCAAUGUGAUCACGUCCCUGUGGAUGGCAGGGCCACAGUCAGUGCAGUACCUGAUCAUGGUGGAUGAGGGCAUGAAGGCAGCCAGUGAGGAGAGGGAGUCUGGGGAGAGUUCAGGGCCCUUCACCGUGACCUCCACUGGCCUGGUGGUGGUGCACAGGGCCCUGGACCAUGAGCGGCGACGCACACAUCACAUCAGCGUCACCAACCGUACACUGACCACGCCGCCCACGGUGGACUACAUGACCAUCUCUGUGAUGGUGAUGGACGUGAAUGACUGCCCUCCACGCUUCUCUGAGUCCGGCUACACAGCCCUGGUGGCCGAGAACAGCGAGGUGGGCGCCACCGUCACCAUCCUCACGGCCACUGAUGACGAUGAAGGAAACCAUGGCCAGAUCCAGUACAGCCUCAGCCCUGAUGAAAGCGCUGUAGUGAAGUCAACAUUCCGCAUUGAUCCACACACCGGGAUGCUGACCCUGGCGGCCCCGCUGGACCGCGAGACCAUGGCCCAGUACUCCUUCACCGUCACUGCCACUGACGGGGGCCCCAAGCCUCUGUCCACCAGCACAAGAGUCACUGUACUGGUCAAGGACUACAACGACAACCCUCCAGUGUUCACCAAAGACACUUACGUCACUGCUGUGCCUGAGGACACUGCCACGGGCACGGCGGCGGUGGAGCUCAGCGUGACAGACGCCGACGAGUCUGUGGCCAAACUUGACUUCUUCAUCACCGGCGGCGACCCUGACGGCCAAUUCCUGGUGCACGCCUCAGGGGAGGUGUACGUGGCCGGUGAGCUGGACCGGGAGAGGCAGGCCGAGUACACCCUCACCGUCACCGUCACCGACGGGAAGUUUACGGCCAACACGACUGUUACUGUGACAGUCAUCGACAUCAACGACAACGGUCCGGUGUGCAAGGAGCCAAUCUACCGCCGGGAGAUCUCCGAGGACGCCACCCCAGGCACCCACGUGGCCUCUGUUGUGUCCUGGGAUGCCGAUGAAGGCACUGCUGCCUGGAGCCGCUACAUUCUCACCGGGGACAGCGCCCACCACUUCAGUAUUGACCAGCUGAAUGGCCACGUGGCCACAGCCACCCAGCUGGACAGAGAGGCACGGGACCACUACCACCUCACUGUUGUGGUGGAGGACUGGGAGCACAAGGCCUGGCAGUGUGAGGUGGUGGUGGAGGUCCUGGUGACAGACACCAACGACAACCCCCCGUCCUUCUCCCUGGCCACCCACGCCGCCACCCUGCCAGAGGACGCGCCCAUCAACGCCGUUGUCCUCAAGAUGUCUGCCACGGACCCAGACCUCGGCAUCAAUCGACGGCUGCUGUACAACUUUGUGGACUCAGCGGAGGGCCACUUCACCAUUGACGAGAUGGAGGGUGUGGUCAGCCUGGCCCGGCCCCUGGACCGUGAGACAAGGGACUCCUACAGCCUGACAGUGCGCGCCGUGGACCAGGGAAGCCCACCGCUGUCAUCCACCACGCAGCUCAUCGUCACAGUCUCAGAUGUGAAUGAUAAUGCUCCUGAGUUUGUGAGGAAACUCCACGAAACUUCCGUGGUAGAGAACACGGCCGUGGGGACAGAAGUCCUGCGGGUCAUGGCCACCUCAAGGGACAUCGGCAUCAAUGCAGAAAUCUCUUACUCCCUUCAGCACACCACGCUGGAGGAGUACCUGCACAUCCACCCAAAGACUGGUGUGAUAAGCAUUGGCACCGAGGUGGACUUUGAGCGCGUACAGCAGGUGGUGGUGACAGUAGUGGCCACAGACAGGGGUGUGCCGCCUCUGUCUGCCACGGCCUUGGUCAACCUAACAAUCAUUGAUGUGAAUGACAACUCCCCGGUGUUCACGCUGCCCACCUACACCGCCACAGUCAGGGAAGACGCUCUGCAAGGCGCCAGCGUGGUGCAGGUCUCAGCCAGCGACGUGGACCAUGGCGUGAACAGCCUCGUCCACUACAGCAUCAGGGCGGGAAACGAAGACCACUGCUUCACUAUUGAUGACGACACCGGCAUCAUCACUGUCAUCAAGAAACUGGAUAGGGAAAAGGUCGCAAAGUACCAGUUGACGCUGGGUGCCAGGGACUUGGGCACACCCAGCAACACUGCCAUGGCUCAGGUCGUGAUCCAGGUGGGCGACGUCAAUGACAAUGCACCCAAGUUCACGCAAGACAACUAUACCGUGGUCGUGCAGGAGAACCGAGCUGUGGGCUACUCAGUGAUCCGCCUCAUGGCCACCGAUGCCGACGCUGACCCCAGCGGCGCUCCCUUCACCUGGGAGGUGAUCAACCAGCCUGUUGAGAGUCCUGCCUUCACCCUGGACCAGGAUGGCUCACUGAGGCUGGCCACCAAUAAAUUGAACCACAAGGUCCAGGAUCAGUACGUGGUGCAGGUGCGAGUGUGGGACAGCGGCUCGCCACCACUCCACGCUAACACCCAAGUUACCGUCAGUGUGGUGGAGGAGUCCCGCUUCCCGCCAACACUCUUCCCGCUUAAAACCGUGGUCAUCAGUUUCCGGAGUGCCUUUCCCGGAGGCAUCAUUGGGCGGGUCACUGCACUGGACCAGGACCCCUACGACACCCUGCAGUACUCUGUGGCGCCCUACCCAGAGGAAGUCAGCUCUAUCAACUACUUUGACAUUGACAGUGAGGACGGCACUCUGGUGGCACUGACACCUCUUGAUGCCGGUAACUACAGCGUCAACGUCAGUGUGUCGGACGGCAGGUAUCACCGCACCAUGCAGGCUUCCAUCAAGGUCUCCGUGGUCACUGAGGAAAUGGUUGAAAAUGCCGUCAUCAUUCGCCUGGGUCCUCUGUCCUCCGAUGAAUUUCUCUCCAGGUAUCAGAAAUAUUUCCUCAAAGCUAUUGCCAUAGAGCUGUCAGUUCAGGAGCAUUCUGUGGUCCUGGUCAGCCUGCAGCCAGCCCUCGUACACUCACACUCUUUAGAUAAGAUAGAUUACAUUCCACAGCGAUCCAAAAGAGACAUACAGAGGAGUCUUGACGUUCUGAUAGUUGUGAGACUCUUUGAAAUCUACAUGACAAGAGAACAUCUGCUGCUGAAGCUAAAAGAAAAACAAGUUGACAUAAAAGAAAAGCUUGGCUUGCCCUUCAUGGACAUCAUGGAGUCCCUGUGUGUGUCUGGCUCAGAGUGCGGCGGCCACGGGGACUGUGUGGACGUGGUGGAAAUCAACGAUGAUGUGGCCAUGCCCUUCAACACACAGCUGUCUAGUCUGGUUGCUCCAAGAUUUACCCAGAAAGUUGGCUGUGUGUGUGACCAAGGGUAUGGAGGCCAGAACUGCACUAAUUUAGUCAAUGCCUGUGGGCACCGACCCUGUGCUGAGUAUGAGGAGUGUGCGCCCACCAACACCAGCAGCCGAGGCUACACGUGCCAGUGCCCUGCAGGCAGAACAGGACCUUCGUGCCGAGUGGACCUGACAAAAUGCCACAGCCCUGCGUGUCACUACCCACUGAGGCCUCUCUCCUUCAGGGGAAAGAGCUAUGCCCAGUACAGCAUAGCUCAGCAAGGUAAGAGCAGCUCACUUAUGCUGAGUGCCUUCAUGCGCACCAGACACCCGGUGGGAACGCUGGUCUUUGCUGCCGGGGACGUGGACUACAGUGUGCUGGAGGUGGCCGGCGGACAUGUGCAGUACCGCUGGGACUGUGGCAGCGGGGAAGGGCUGGUCAGGGUGUCCACGGUGAGGGUCGACAAUGAAGCGUGGCACUUCAUCAACCUGACCAGAGACGGCACCAUAUCAACACUGAGUGUGGACGGCGAGGUGAGUUCAGGAGCGGCGCCGGGUGCUAAUGACAUUCUGAACAUGGAUUCAAACUUCAUGUAUCUCGGUGCUACCCUCAGCAGUGAACCAGAGUCAGGCAUGUCUUCCUAUUCCCAAAGCAGCCUGGGAUUUGUGGGUUGUCUCGAUCAGAUCAUUAUUGACGGCACCGAGCUUCCCGUGUCAAUAACAGGGACGGCCUCCAGGGGCACGGUGCUCACGCGCCUGGCCAACGUGGAGCUCCAGUGUCCAGGUGUGCUGCCCCUGGCCGGCGUGUGUGGCUCCUACCCUUGCCAGAACGCUGGGACAUGCAUAGAAAAUGAAGGUUCUUAUAAGUGCAAUUGCCCUCCACGCUUUACCGGAGGACAGUGCCAGGUGGACACGGCUCCCUGCUCCUCCUCACCCUGUCUUAAUGGAGGCAAAUGUAUUGUUGUUGGCCACACCUAUAAGUGUCAAUGUCCUUCAAAACUGAGUGGAAAACGUUGUGAAUAUGGCAUUUUCUGCAACCCAAACCCUUGUCAGAAUGGCGGUCGCUGUGAGGAGGGUACCGAUGGGCCCACAUGCAAGUGCCAACACUUUACCGGUGCAAUGUGCCAGCUGGACAUUGAUGAGUGUACCCGCAACCCUUGCCAGAGCGGGGGAACCUGCCUCAACUUCUUUGGUGGGUUCAAGUGCAUAUGUUCCUCCAAUGUUACCGGUGAAUACUGCACAGAGGCCGUUAGGAAGCCUGAAGAGCCGUCCUCCUCCCUGAACAUCACCCUGGAGGAGCUGCUGUGCAUCCUGGCCAUGUUCCUGGGGUGCGUGAUGGCCGUGCUGCUGCUGGGGACCUGGCAGCGGUGGCGGUGGAGGCACAAGCGUCACCAGCAGAACAACCGCGUCAAGCUCACGGACCACCACGUGAAGAACGACCUCAAGGCGAAUGACGCACCCAAAAGAAACUCCAAAAUCUGCAACGUGGAGGCAGACCAGCAGGGGCCGCCGCUGCCCCCCCACCCGGCCUCCUACACCCCCAGCAGCAACGACUCCGCCAUUCUCAACACCCUUAAGCACCUGGCGGACCUGUCUGCUGCGGGACACGAGAGUCUUGAGCUGGAGACACUUUCACGAUGCUCCCAAGAGUUCCUCCACAGCCUUAAAAAGCCCGUGGUCAUGCCGCCCAACCUCUCCCCUCCGCCACCCUCCAACAGUGACUCCGACUCUCUCCACAAGCCCUGGGACCACCACAACAACCUCAACGACUCCUACUUCAUGCCCAUCAAGGAUGUGGGCUGUGACCUGGUGACCAACCUCGGCGAGACCCACACCUCCUCGGCCCAGCAGUCUCCAUUUUCAGACGAUUCUUCAGCACCGAGCCAGCAGAAGAAGAAAGGCUACCACUGGGAUGACUAUGACAUGCGCGGCCCACACACGCUGGUGGGCUGCAGCAGCGAGGGGGCCACAGCCGCCCCGCCAGACUUGCUGAUGCUGAGCCAGGGCACCUCCCUCUUCCACGGAGACAACCCCAUGGAGGGAACGCCACUGCUGCCAUGCUCUGCUGCCACACCCCUGCUGAGUGUGGACGCCCAGGGCGGUCCAGACAGCCGGGACACACCAGACGCUGAUGAGGACAAUGAUGAUCCCUGCAGCUUUGAGGAAAUACUCCUGGCAAAUAAUAUAUCUGUUGACUCAUGCCAAGACCUGACUCUUGAUCAUUCGUCUAAAUACAACAUUGUCUUGGACCUUGAAGAUGACUGCCCAGAGUCAGCCCUGAAGAUAUCCAACUUGCCUUCUGUCAUUGAGGACGCCAACAGGCUCGGCAGCCCCAGGAGCCGCCGCCCCUUCCACUGCAGAGACUACAGCUGCGUGUCGGACCUGUCCUUCCUCUCCACCCUGGAGGAGGAAGGCGUUGACGACUCAAUGUCUGAACUCCAGGAAUCUGACUAUGAGCUGCUGGAUAGAGUCAGUGAGCCCCUCACACCCACACUGGUGCAGACUUCCCUCUCAGAAGUGUUUCUAUAGUCUUGUGAUGUGAUGACAGCUGCUGCUGGACAAGGAGCAAAAACUUUUUACCCCACCAACUCCCAGCAAUUUGUUUAAAAUUAAAUUAAAUAUGUGGGAAAGAUAAAUAUGAAUUACAUGAUAGGUAGGUAGAUAGAUAGAUAGAUGGAUGAAUAGAUAGGUAGAUGUACCGAGAGAAAGAAGAAAUUAUUAAAUAUACUUUUAUACAAAUAUAUACAUAACAUACACAUUCUGUUCAUGUUUCAGACAAACUUGCUUUCAUGGAAAGAUUACUAAAAUCUAAUUUACCACAAACUAAAUUCAUUAUUCCGUAAGGAAAAAUGGAACAGGUGUAGUUGCUUUCUAUUACUGCAUGAAAACCUGGAGUAACCAACAGCACUUGUAUAAAUUAUCUAAAAUAUCACAAGCAGUGUGCAACAUUUUCUCAAGCCAAGCCUUCACAUGUCAGGUCAGCACAAUGCAUAGAAGAGAACAUUUUUACCAAAAAGGCUGAGCCGAGUGAGUCGAGAAUCACAUAAAGUUUUGUACAAACGAGCAAAGGACAGAGACACUGUGUUUAUGAACACACAUUAUCUCAGGAUGGUUAAGGGAAGCCACUUGUAGCCAGCCCAAAGGGGUUACAAGCUGUUGCCAAAGGUGGGGUUUCAUGUUAAAGCAACAGGAUGAGUCAGUGAGUGUAUUGUGAGGCACAAGCCACAGAGCUGUUCCCGUGUGGACUGAAGGCUGCUGUACUGAAGGGGGAGGCACGACUAAGGCCAUCAAAAAUAUGCCUCGCGCCAGAUAAGAUAGUACAAAUAGACCUCAAGAUGCUGGAGAGGAUGUGCAUAAGCCAUCAUAUUGUAAAAUGUGUUAUACCAUUUUUUAUACUUUAGUAUGUUUUCAUAGUCUGAAAAUGCAAGUGCACCUAUUAUCAUUAUUCCUCAUGGGAAUUUUAAGUUAAAGAAAUUCAUAUUAUGCAACCCAUCCAUGAAUGCAAGUCCACAUCAGUCAUUAUAGUCCAUUUCAUUCCAUCUGUCCACUCACGAACUUAGAUGUGGCACCUGCGCAUUGUUAGUUCAUGAUUGCGUGAAGAUCAACUUUAUAUUUUCAGCGAUGUAUUUGAAUGUUUGUGUAUGCAAAAAACCCUUGUCUUUUUAUAUGAACCGCAAACAUGCUGAUUUGCAUCGAUAAUCUACCAAGAGUUAACCAGCAUCUCCAUUCUCUCAUCCCCUUCACAGGUAAACUCUGGAACAGUCUUCCUUUGUCUGUAUUUCCUCCUGCCUAUGACUUGACCUCUUUCAAGAAGAAUGUAUCAAGACACCUCUCCACCCGAAAUUGACCUCUCUUUUGGCUACUCUUUACUUUCAACUUUUGUAGAAGCGGCGAGUAGCGGGCCCUUUUUUUUACUCUGUUGCCCUUGAGCCACAUCUUUUGAUAUAUAUA